UGCUAUUUCUGUCAUCUCUCUCCACCUCUCUCUCUCUCUCUUUCACGGAAGGCCUGACCUUGCCAAAGGUUUAAGUCUCCCCUGCCCAUUUGUCUACUUUCUUUUUUCUCCUAUAGGAGUUGUUCUUAUGUUUUCAUGAAGAGAGUAGUAUUCGAUUCUCCACAAUGGAGGAACGGGUAACAUCGAUUGGUCCGGCGUCUUACACGAGCACACCCUUCCCGCAUCAAUCUUGUGCUCGGGGCCAAAAAAGAUAGGUGGCCGAUAAGGGGGUGAGACGGAUGGAGAAGAAACGGGCAGCCCUGAUGCAGAAGUACGAGCUGGGCCGGUUGCUGGGCCAAGGCACAUUUGCCAAGGUCUACCAUGCCCGGAACCUCAAGACCGACCUGAACGUCGCUAUCAAGGUCAUUGACAAAGAGAAGGUGCUGAGGGUUGGGCUCAUCGAUCAGAUCAAGCGUGAAAUCUCGGUGAUGCGCCUCGUCAGGCAUCCCAAUGUCGUUGAACUGUAUGAGGUCAUGGCCAGCAAGACGAAGAUAUAUUUUGCGAUGGAAUUCGUCAAGGGAGGGGAGCUUUUCAACAAGGUCCUAAAGGGGAAGCUCAAGGAGGAUGUCGCCCGCAAGUAUUUCCAGCAGUUGAUCGAGGCCAUCGACUUUUGCCAUAGCCGGGGCGUCUACCAUCGAGACUUGAAGCCGGAGAAUCUUCUCCUGGACGAGAAUGGAGACCUCAAAGUCACUGACUUUGGGUUGAGCGCGCUAUGGGAAUCGAGGAGGCAAGAUGGGCUCCUCCACACAACGUGCGGGACCCCAGCCUAUGUGGCACCGGAAAUAAUCAACAAGAAGGGCUAUGACGGAUCCAAGGCUGAUAUCUGGUCUUGCGGGGUCAUCCUCUUUGUCCUGAUGGCUGGAUAUCUCCCGUUCCACGACUCGAACCUCAUGGAAAUGUAUAGAAAGAUCACCAAGGGUGACUUCAAGUAUCCUCCAUGGUUUCCUCAAGAGGUCAGGAAGCUCCUUUCGAAGAUCCUCAAUCCGAACCCCAACACGAGAAUCACCGUCGCAAUGAUCAUGGAGAACAGUUGGUUUAGGCGAGGGUACAAGCGGUUCGAAGCCCCUCAACACCCUCAAAUCGAAGCCAACAUGUUGGUAAAAGAUGUUCAUGCUGCGUUCGCGCCAUCGAAUCAAUCCAGCGAGAUAAAAAUGUUAAGUCCGAGAAGUGGAGCCCCCUCGAGGACUAAUUCUUUCAAUGCCUUUGACCUCAUCUCCCUCUCGCAAGGGUUUGAUCUCUCAGGGUUGUUCGAGAAGGACGCAAAACAAAAACCGGAGUCCAGGUUCACGAGCACAAAGUCCGCGUCAGAUAUCAUGUCCAAGUUUGAGGAGAUCGCCGCUCCGGAAAAGUUCAGUGUAAUGAAGGACCACGGGUUGGUGAAGCUCCAAGGAAGGAGAGAAGGGCGGAAAGGGCAGCUGGCGAUAGACGCCGAGAUAUUCGAGGUGACACCGUCAUUCUCCAUUGUGGAGGUCAAGAAAACGGCCGGCGACACGUUGGAGUAUCAGGAGUUUUAUGACCAUGACCUCAAGCCUUCGCUUAAGGAUGUCGUCUGGGUCUGGCAUGGCAAUGGUCAGCCGCAGCAACAGCCACAGCCGCUACCGGCUUAAGUUUGUUGUUGUUGUUUUUUUUUUUUUUUAAAUACAGAGCCUUUUUUAACUUAAAUUGCCUGUACUAUUAUAAAAUCAGAAGAAAGGUUUAAAUAAACUUAGUUAAUCACAAUCACAUAAUUAAGGGUGUAACUGUAAUUGUAUUUCAAUAACUAUCAAUUUUUGCCCAUUUCUCUAUCA